AAACUUUGGAAGAGGGGUGGAGUGCUGUAGUACAAACAACUUAAUGUAUACUCCCACAUCAUCUCUAUGUGAAGAGUGCCAGGGAAAAAAGGCUUACAGAAGGACUUAAAAAAAGAAACUCUUUUACAAGGGCUACUUAUUUUCUCUGCCUGAGCCCGAAAGCAGAUCAGAAGAUGAGUUUCCUACUCUUCGGCGUAACUGCUUUUCACCUUAUCAUCUUGGUGAUACUCUUUGUUGCCACCCUUGACAAUUCGUGGUGGGUGUUUUCUCAGGAUGAGACUGUAAACUUAUGGUACGACUGCCUUCUUGAUAAUAACACCAGCGUAUGGCUGUGCUCUACAGUGUCUAAUAAUGAAUGGUUCCAUGCUGUCCAGGGUCUCAUGGUGCUUGCAAUCUUGUUCUCCAGUUUCUCUUUCAUGAUCUUUAUGUGCCAACUCUAUUUGAUGGAACGAGGAGGACUCUUUUAUGCAACUGGCAUCUUACAGAUUCUGGCGAGUCUUUCCGUAUUUUCUGCAGCAGUGAUCUAUGCAAGUCAUGUGUCAGAAUUCCAUCCAGAUAGGGAAAAAUCGGGAUAUUUUGGCCAUUGCUUUGUGUUGGCUUGGGUAGCAUUUCCUCUAAGCAUGGUGAGCGGUAUUAUGUACAUCCACCUGCGAAAACGUGAUUAAGAUACCUGCAACAUUUUCCAUUUCAACAUAUCAGGGAAUCCUAUGAAGGCAAUAUUGAAGGGACUAUGACGACAUGGACUUUUGAUCAGCUUGGUUGAAUUACUACCAGUAUGCCCAAGAAAUUGCAGUCAAUUGGAUGGGAGACUAUUAUUUACAAUCUUCAUUUUAUCAUUACCCUGGAAAUUAUUUUUCGUGUUACAUAUUUACUGUUUUUGAGUCACAAAAGGGAUUUCAUGAACAUACCAAAAAAAUUCAGUUUGUGUUUAGAUAGACAGGUAGAUUAUUUGUGUCUCCUAUUUUCUAUCAUCUAUCUGUCUGUCUAUCUAUCUAUCUAUCUAUAUAUUACACUGAAUGAAAAAUAUAUAUAUAAAAAAAAAAGUUUAAAAAGGUACUAUUCUUUAAAUAUAGUAAGUAUAGUAUAAUAAUGCUUAAUUUUAUCAUUUUAGCUAGGAAUUUAGCCUUUUACAUCAUAGGGCAUACAUUAUAAUUCUAUCAACAUAAACUAUAUAUUUAAUUGUUAUGUUCAUUUACAUUGAAUGAGACAUGUCCACUUUUGCACAAGGCAAAUACGGUGCCAUACCUUAAAUAUAAUAUUGACAGUAUUACUACUAGAAAACCAUUGAAAACGCUCAAACACUACUCUAUUAACAAAUCCUUUGUAAUUCAUUGGCAAAUAUUGUGUUGAUUUCCUUUCGGCUAUGAAUUUCAAGCAUCCUCAUUAUCUGUGGUUGUGAAUAUUUACAGUUUCUGUCGUCACUGGCAAGGACUUCAUUUUGAAACAGUAAUAAAUGAUAUGUACGUAAUAA